AUGAGAGGACUUGCCCACCCCAUGGGACCCCACCCCUUGGGGUCCCAGUCCGUGGGACCCCGCGGUAUGUGGGUCAGCCGGUCGGGAGCGACUGGAAUGGUCUUCAGGUCGCCAAAGUACUUCUCGGGACUGCUUGGUACUGCCGGUCCGGCUGACCGGUCUGCUGAGUUGCCUGCUGGGGGCUCGACUAGAGAGCCUGCUGGGUGGCCUGCUCAGCGAUCGGGUCGGCUUGGUGAUAAGGUCGUAUACGAAGUCGCUACUGCCGGUGGUCUCUUGGCUCUGCGCCUUGAGGAAAGAGUCCCGGGUCACCUUGGCGUGGUCGCCGCGAGAUACUCGCUUGACCUGCCCAACCGUGGACGUCAUCAGCUCCUGCUCCAUAUAGUGGAGGUGGUUCUUAAGGUCAUUGACAUCCUUCAUGCAGCCAAAAACGAAUUUGCAGGCAACGCACCCAAAUAUCUAGCUCUCCGUCCCGCCGUCCACCUGCCGCUGACUAAUCCACCCAGACCACGACCUACCACGUUCCCCAAAUACGCUGCAAACGGAACCGGCAUCAACCUCCCCUUCAGGUCGUAA